UUAUCUCUUGCAAGCGUCCUGCCACUGGUUGGCCUCAGGUCAACGGCCCAGUCAGCUGGACUCUCAGAGAUUGCUGUCAGGCUGUGCUUGAACCAAAGUAAACAACUGUGUCCUCAUGUUUGGGUUCCCAUCCUGAAGCCCCAGCGCCCUUGCAUCCGUCCUCCAGUUUCAGAUCAGCUGUCCUCUGACAUCUUGAGCCAAGCCUUUCUGGCCCACCCUCUCCCAUCUUUCUUGGAUGACUUGGAUGAUGAUGUUUUGAUCCCAAUCAAGAACAAACGCGUGGUUUUCGCUGACUCGCGGGGAUUGUCUCUAACAGCCGUGCGAGUGUUUUCCGAUGAAGAGGAGCAGUCUGACCUCGACGUACUGCCGUCGCUGCAGGGUUUGGGAAGCAUGACAGAGGAUGGCUACAGCUGCACCGUCAGCACCUGCUGUCCAGGAACACGGCUCAAACUGGGCUUCCCGCAGCCCUCUGCAGAUUUCCAGGCCUUUCGUGCCAAGCUGGCAGAGAGCAUGGUUAUCCUGGAGAACUGCAGUGUUACUGAACAGGCCCUCCAAGGUACCGUCCGAGUCAGGAACAUCAGUUUCCAGAAGGAUGUGCGUGUACGCGUCACCUUUGACUCGUGGCAGAGCUACAGAGAUGUGUCCUGUACAUACCUGCAGAAACGCUUCGGAGGGCCUCAGACAGACAUCUUUGAAUUUGAUAUUGCCAUUCCUAAAGUGCUAGAUGCCAAAAGGAAGAUAGAAUUCUGUUUACGUUAUUUACCAGGAGGGCAGAGCGAGCCUUUUUGGGACAAUAACAGUGGACAGAAUUACAGCAUUGCUGUGUGUGUGAGCUCACAUCUCUGUCGCGGGAAGAAUCUAAGUGAAAGGGCAUGACUUAAUCAACCUAAAAAUGAUCCCUGUUUUUGUCAUACAUAACAUGUCCUGGGUAAAGAUGAGGUGGAUAUUUUUUAUUACAUUUUAUUUUCAUAAAUGUUUUGACAUCUUAGUAGCUGCUUUGUAUAAAAAAGUCUUUAAAACAGGUCAGUUUUGUUGCAUUCAAGAAAUUCAGCAUCAAAUGGGUGACCUUUUCUUCAGUGCUCACUCUCUUGCCAUGUCCUACAUUUUGGCCACUCACCAGUGCAUGCAUUACUGUUGUGCACAGGGGAGGGGAUCCCUUUCACUUUGGGCAUUUCUGGGAUUCCCAUAUAGGUCAGAGAUUAUUGGACGGGGACAAACAGAAGCCCCAUAGCCAGAGGGAAGCUAAUCUUAGCUCAGCCCUGUUUAUAGAGCCAAUGGUUGCUGUCAGAGACUGAUUGCAGGGAACUUUGUGAUACCAUCUUCCCCAUUACCUAAAACCCCAACACACUUAACAGCCCUGCUUUCAUUAUCCCAUUGCACCAUAUUUUUCUGCCGUGAAAGUCAUUAAGCAUUACAAUGAAUUUCCUAAUCAUAACUCUACAAUUAUCUUUUUAAGAAGCAUUAAAUUAUUUGGCAGGAUUGCUAAAAAAAUGAAGUCUCUUUUUUUUAAAGACAAAGAACAUCUGGCAGUGACUUAGAGAGAGCAUCGCAAGAAGUAGAAACAGCAAAAUAUUUGUUAUGACUUCUAUAAUGUUUGAAGCCACUGACUUAUAAAAGGGGCAUGCUUCUGGCGUUUGCACUUCCAGGUUGUAUCAAACACACAUUUCUUUAACAAAAAGCACAUCAAACUAAUUAAAUCAAACACAUCUUCAGGAAAAAAUGUAAAUUUAAAAGUUUUGAAAAAGAAGAAAAUGCCACAGAGCGUGAAUGACUCCCAGCAAAUAAGGAUCACAGAUUUUCUCCACUCUUCUAAAGCCUAUCAUGUCUUCAAAUAUGUUUUGUGCAACAGUCAUGGAUGGAUGCUUACUGUAUUAUAUCCAGCUGUGAUCAUGAUAAAGUUCUGCGAUACAUAU